AUGCCACUUACUACUACCGCUUCUCAGCCAACUCAGGAUACCUACAAGUCUUAUCCAGACCUAGUUGCAGACACCAAUGGCGGCAAGAUCCUCUUUGCAACUGAUGACUUUUUUGCUGUUGCUGAAAACAUGAUUACCAAGACUGAUCCUAUUUGGGACGAAUCCAAAUACACCCAGUUUGGAUGGGAAACUCGACGCAAACGCACUCUCGGAUACGAUUGGUGCAUUAUCAAACUUGGACUCCCUGGUCAGAUUGUUGCAAUUGAUGCGGAUACGGCAUUUUUUACAGGAAACAACGUUCCUGCCAUUUCUCUCCAGGCUGCCAAUUUAACUGAUCAUCAAGUUGUGCUUUCUCCCCGACGAUCCGAAAUGGGAUCCAAGGCCACUGAUGACGAGACUAAGGCUGCCCUUGCUCUUAAAUCCCAUGAAUGGACAACAAUUCUUCCCAUCACUCCACUUGGUUCAGGAUAUCCUGAUACACGACACAAUAUCAUUCCUCUUCCAGCUACUGAUGGUUCCAAGGAUGCCAAACAUGCUGAAAGAUGGACACAUUUACGCGUGAAUAUCCAUCCUGAUGGAGGACUAGCUCGCCUUAGAGUGUAUGGAUCUGUAGUUCCUGAUUGGGCUACUCUUUCUGUAAAGCAUUCUUUGUCUUCAAAAUCCCAAAUUGAUCUUGGAUCUCUUGCAAAUGGAGGAAAGGCAUUGAUAUGGAGUAAUGCUCACUACGGCUCGCCACUACAGCUACUAGCCGUAUCUCGCUCGCUUGGCAUGUUUGACGGGUGGGAAACCUCACGUAACCCUCAGCGACCAAGAGAAUACGUAAUGGGGUCAGACGGGAUGCUUGUGAUGCCUGGGUCUGAAUGGGCGAUUAUUUCUCUUGGUACACGUGGUGUAAUCCAAACAGUGGUUGUAGAUACCAACCAUUACAAAGGGAACUAUCCCGAAAGUUGCGAGAUUCAAGGUGUGGAUCUCUCGCAGUGUGAUGGAGAUGCCGUGACAAUACUGUCUGAUGCUUCUCAAAAGCUUGAUUGGUUCCAAGUUUUACCACGAUCACCAUUGAGCGCGCAUAAGGAACACUUUUUCGACACUCCCGAGUAUCUCGAGAAGCAACAAGACAAGUCAAGGACAUGCACACAUAUUCGGGUUGUAAUGUAUCCUGACGGUGGCAUCAGCCGCCUGCGUUUGUUUGGACUCAUUGCUUGAUUUUGUUACAUUUUCAAUAAAUGACAAGGGUAUGCAAGCCUGCUUUG